CCCAGACGAAAGCGAAGCUGCCCUUCGAAAGCUCGUAGUGUCCCGCUACCUUCGGGCAUCGCUAGCCUCUUCGAAGCUUAUUACGAUUUGAUGCGUGCCAAGUUCUGCGUGCUGGCCGCAGUCCUUCCAUGAGUGCUUUUUGAAGACAGUCAAACGCCUGUUGGCAAGUGCCCACUAUGACGGACAAGUUCACCAAUCAGCAGCAAAACUAUAUACAGGCAGAGGUGGACGAAAAAAACGAUGACUCCCAGAUUGCACGGUUUUAUCAAGAUCGGGAGGUGUUCAUCACCGGAGGAACGGGCUUCAUUGGAAAGGUUCUUCUGGAAAAACUUCUACGAUCAUGCCCUGGCCUGAAGCGGGUCUACCUCCUCGUGCGCAACAAACGUGGGGAAGAACCACAGGCGAGGCUCGAAAAGAUGUUCAACUCGCCGAUGUUCGAACGCCUGAAGCAACAACAGCCAAAUGCUCUUGGAAAAGUCACAGCACUGGCAGGAGAUUUAACUGAACCAAACCUGGGACUCAGUGCGCCUGAUGAGGCUGCCUUGAUAGACAACGUGUCCAUUGUUUUUCACUCAGGUGCCACAGUCAGGUUUGAUGAACCUCUCAGGAAAGCCGUUGAGCUCAACGUUCUCGGGACGAGACGUGUCCUGAACCUGUGCAAGCGGAUGUCAAAUUUUACAGCUCUUGUUCAUGUAUCGACAGCGUAUUGCAACUGCGAUAAAUCAGACGUCCUUGAGGUGAUAUACCCCCCACCUUUGGGUGCCGAGAAAGUUGUUGAAGCUAUUGAGUCCACAGAUAAAGACAUCAUGGAUAAUUUGGAAAAGCACUUGUUUGGGCAGCCAAACACGUACACUUUGACGAAGAGUUUGGCUGAAUCACUGUUCCUGGAAGAACGAGGAGAUAUGCCCGUCGCCAUUGUGCGGCCUUCCAUUGUCACUGCAUCGGCGAGGGAGCCGGUUCCGGGUUGGAUAGACAAUUAUAACGGCUGCACCGGAAUUAUUGUCACGCUCGGUCUUGGGCUGCUACCCUCACUACUGGCAGAAAAGAAGUGCGUAGCUGACGUCAUUCCUGUCGAUCUUGUGGCCAACAUGAUAAUAUGCGCUGGUUGGCACGCUGCCGUCACAAGACCCAAGAACGUGAAGGUUUACCAUUGCACCAGCGGCGCCCUGAAGAAUCGCACAUGGGCCGAUUUGGCCGCUGCGACGCAGAGGAACGUUCUGCGGUACCCACUUCCUGAUGCCAUUCGUUUCCCCAAAUUUACUACGACAAACUCUCAGCUGUGGCAUGAAGUGAACCUCUGGUGUAUGCAUUAUCUGCCCGCAUGCAUCAUAGAUCUGGCCCUGCAGCUAUACGGACAGAAGCCGAGGUUUGUACGCCGAUACCGGAAGGUUCGUAAAGCCAUGGAUACUGUGCAGUUUUUCACCACUCGCGGCUGGAUGUUCAGGACAGACAAUGUCUUGGAGCUCAUACGUGUACUCUCUCCCACGGAUGCGAAGCUGUUUGAUUUCGACGUUCGAACCCUCGCGUGGGGUCUGUACUGGAAAAAUUACAUAAUAGGUAUUCGAAAAUACCUAUUCAAGGCUGAAGAUUUCAAACAAGAUGAAGCACGGAAACGCCUGAGGCGGCUCUACGUCCUGCGCUUGUUCUUUCAGGUACUCCUGUUCUUGUUUGCGUGGCGAUUGCUGAGGACACAGGCAGUGUGGAGCCUCUACUCGUUCGCGAGGACGGUUGCAAGACGGACGUGUGAAACGCUACUGGUCCUGCUGGAUAUGCUGCCGAAAUAGCAGCAGGCAUUGCGGCCGCCUAAAUCCUCAUUGACAUCCAUUUACCCAGUGUUCCCUGAGACCUUGUUUUGGGCUGCAGUAGCUGCAAGUACGCUGAAACUCACGCAGCCUUAGUGAUGUAAGUAGAAAAACUUCGAAGGAGUGUCACGCGAUAAUAAUAAAUUGAAGCGCGAUGUAUGCUGGAUUGAAACGAGCCUCUUAUUUUUGCU